CUUUGCAGGGCCAAACAUGUCAGGAAAAUCGCCGUAAACAAAAUAAAAUUGAUGCCCGUCCGCCAGUAAAAUGGGAAUGUUGCACAAUUUGGCCGAUUUGAUAAAGAUUAAAAAGGAUAAGAUGACGAUUCUGGUGCUGGGACUGAACAACAGUGGAAAGUCCUCGAUAAUCAAUCAUUUCAAAAAGUCCAGCGAACAGACAUCCAUUGUGGUGCCCACAGUUGGGUUCAUGGUGGAACAGUUUUACAGCAUGUCAGGUGUUUCCAUAAAAGCAAUCGACAUGUCCGGUGCGACGCGAUACAGGAAUCUGUGGGAGCACCAGUUUAAGAACUGCCACGGCAUCAUCUACGUCAUUGAUUCCAGCGAUCGCAUGAGAUUCGUGGUGGUCAAGGAUGAGCUGGAUCUGGUGCUGCAGCAUCCGGACUUGUGCAACCGAAUCGUGCCAAUUCUCUUCUACGGCAACAAAAUGGACAUGGAGGACUCGCUAUCCAGUGUGAAAAUAGCAGCAGCUCUCAGAUUGGAGAACAUCAAGGACAAACCCUGGCACAUCUGCUCCAGCAGCGCUAUAUCCGGCGAAGGUCUGGGCGAGGGUGUCCAAUGGCUCAUCCAGCAAAUGCGUUUCGCCAUGCUGAACAACAAAAAUGCCGCCAAAUCCAGGUCCAAGCACUCCAAAUAGAAAUGCGACGCUCUGCACUUUUGUCUUGAUGUUUAAUAAAAAGCAAUGUUUUUCGAAAAAA